UUAAUAUGAUAAAGGUUAGAAAUUGGCACAUCAUAUUGCAAGUGCAUACUUCCGAUCUGUUUACACAAACGAUGAUUCAUGUUAUCUGAAGAUGAUGACUUGGAUUGUACUAUAAUUUACAGAAAUGUUUGAUCUCCUGGACAUCGGGUCUGUUACAAGCACAUGUUUGGUUGCUUUGGUUACAUGUUUCGUGAUUUAUUGGGCGAUGCAGAAAUGGAAGUAUAAAUAUCCGCCCGGCCCUCUAGGAUUACCUGUUAUAGGCAAUGCUCUACAAAUUGACGUAAAUAAAUUGCACGAACAGGCGUUUAAGUGGUCUAAACAAUAUGGUCCUGUGAUAACAAUCGGAGUUGGCCCUAUUCCAUUUGUGUUCGUGAACACCAUUGACACUGCUUUGGAGGUACUGGUGAAAAGGUCUACAGAUUUUGCUGGACGAAUGUUAACGAAUUCGUUUGACACGUUCACAUACGGAGGAAAAGACAUUGCUUUCAGUAGUUAUGGGCCAACAUGGAAACUUCAAAGAAAGAUUGCAUCAAAAGCUUUACGCACCUAUAUGCAAGGGAAUGCGUUACAAGAUCGUGUCCAUGAAGCUGUGUCAACAGCCAUUAUUGAGUUAGAUAAAGUACGUGGAGAGUUUGAUCCAGAACCCUACAUCAACUUUCUGGUCGGCAACAUUCUGACUGGACUUUGUUUUGGGGGAAAGUACAAUUUCGAUGAUGAAGAAGUCAAAUACAUCCUCGUUAAGAAAGACCAUCUUGCUGAGAAACUUGGGAUAGGAACUUGGGAAGAUUAUAUUCCUGGUUUGAAAUAUGUCUACAAGACAGACGCAUUUAAGUUUGUUGAAAACUUUGUUGAAGAAGUACAUGACGUUUACAUAACUAACAAGCUAAAAGAGGCUGAGAAAACAUUUGACAAAGAUAACCUUAGACACUUCGCAGACACUCUUAUACUUGCAAGAAUGGAAGCAGAAGCAGAGGAAGAAGGUGUAGAUAUAGAGACCACAUUGUCCGAUCAGCAUCUUGUCCAAACAAUCUCAGAUAUUUUCUUUGCGGCUAUAGACACAUCUAGAUUCACUUUGAAAGCAGCUAUUCUUCACAUGGUGGCUUUUCCCGACAUACAAGACAAAGUACAAGAUGAAAUAGACAAAGUAGUGGGAAAGGAAAUAUUACCGUGCAUAAAUGAUCGUCCUCGUCUUGGUUACACGGAAGCUGUAUUACACGAAAGCAUGCGUCUAGGCACUGUGGCACCGCUGGGUGCCCAACAUAAGACAUUGUGUGACACUGAAGUUUUUGGUUUUCGGAUUCCAAAGGGAACCAUUGUUGCUAUCAACCACUGGACCUUACACAAUGAUCCAGGCGCAUGGGAAGAAGUCGAGCGAUUUAUUCCUGAGAGAUAUUUGGACGACAAGGGAAAACUAGGCCCUAAGCCUAAGAGCUGGUUGCCUUUUUCUGCUGGAAAAAGAGUUUGUCUCGGGGAAUUUGUAGCAAAGCCAAAACUUCAUCUGAUUUUUGCGUGUCUGAUGCAGCGUUACAGGUGGAGAAUGGUGUCAGGAAAGUGCCCGGAUUUAAAUCAGAUUGGUGGUAUUAAUGGACUUACAUAUAAAGGUUAUAAAGUAAUUGCAGAAAGAAGAGUCUAAGGAAUUAGAAAAGGUUGAUUGAAUAUCAUUGAAUAAGAAGGCUAUAAGCAAAAUGAAAUAUUGUUUCUUGAUAUUUCUGAUUAUUGUUUUAGUACUUUUAUGAUUAUGUACAUUCGAGUAUCAGCGUGUCAUAGGUAUUUCACAAGAAACGUUACAAAAUUCCGAUAAGGGUAAAUGCGUAUUAGGAUGUGGGAGGGAUAAGGGAGAGGUUCAUGGGCAUUUUACUAGUUUACCAGAAGGGCUUGUCUGAUAUUUUUGCCCAAUUUUCACAAAGAAUCGUGACUUUUAUCAAAAAGCUUGAUAUAAUAUUAUGCUUUAUUCAAAUUUUUAAACAUUAUGGACAAACGCAGUGGAUGCCAGGGUUUUAUUUUAUUUUUAAUGUUUUAUAGCAGUUGUGGAUACUGUAUAAUGAGCUAAACGAAAGUUAUGGGAAAAAAUGUGAUCAACGUCAGAUAAUGUUAUCAAUAGAAAUAUGUAAACGACAUAUAUUUUUAACAAAGAAAUGCAUGACCGCCUCCGUGGUCGAGGGGUUAGAGUCGAUGACUUCUAAUCCAGUUACCUCUCUGGCGUGGGUUCGAUCCCCGGGAGAUGCUUUGGUAGUUUAGCGCGGAGGAAGGUAAUCAAGUACUGGUGUAACUCUGGUUAGGAAACUACCCACCCAUAUGACUGAAAUACUGUUGGAAAAAGGCGUAAAAUGAAACAAACAAACAAACAAUAGAGACAACUAUAGUAUCUCUUUAACUCCUUGCAAAUUAGGGUGAUGCUCGGGUCUACACUGAACGGUUGGACUCGGUGGUUAUCUAUCGUUUUGUCAAUUUCUAAAAAAAAUUGAUAUUAAUCUAUACCUAUAACUUGUGGGCAAAAACUCAGUUCAUUCGCUUACUCCUUUUUUUUCAGAAUAAUCAUUUUUAUUUUGCAAAAUUACCUAAAAAUUGAAGAGCGUUAAAGCACGUUUAACACACAUUGGGCAAGGAAUCACACUAUAUAUGGAUUUUCAAAUUCAUUCUGAAUAUACAUAUAUCUUUUUCAUAUUUUUCUGUUUUAGUACACAUGUUAAUCUCUGUAAGAUUUUCAGAUUGUCCUCAGUUAAGGUUUAAAAUUUUUUUUG